AUGGGAAGUGACGAUCGCCAAGCAGCGGCCCGGCGCCCGCCUCCCAUGCUGCGGGCGGAGCGCCAAACGGCAUUCCGGCAGAAAGUCCACGCGGAACUGCUGCAGUUCGGCCGCGACCGCAAAGACGCGGAACGGCACCGCAUGGAGGAGUACCGGCGACUCUGCGAGGCGGAGGGCAUUCACUCAAAGCGGCUGGAGGAGUACGACUCGGUGCGGAAAGAGGCGGCAGGGGCACUCGGCGAAAAGCUGCAGAGCGUUGACUAUGAUCAGAGUCUUACAAACACAGAGAAAAAGAAGAGAAAGUUUAACUUAAAGCGGAAAUACGCCGCACAAACAGUGACAGAGAUUCUGCAGAAGAAGGAAAAACACUACAAUGCAUUAACAAAGGCUGAGGAAAUCCAGAAGAAGCGGCAAGAAAAGAUUGAAGAAGCAAAGGCAGCGAAAAAGGAGAGAGAGCAGAUGAAGAUUAAUCGCAUUCAACAGAGGAAGGUAAACAAUGCAUUAUAUGCUCAGAAAACUCGAAGAGGUCAACCCAUUAUGAGCGGACGGGUAGAAUCACUACUGAACAGACUACAACAAGAUCAGGGAAAGAAAUAA